CAAUAGGGAAAAAGUCGCGGUGACGAUGACAUGACAUGUUAUGGGAUGUUGGCGUUCGAAAUUGGAGCCACAGGGCCGUAAAUCGAAGGAGAUAGAGGAAAUUUAUAAGGUGAAUAAGAAGGAGGGAAAAGAAAAGGAGGCGGAGAAGAAAGAACCUAGUCCAGUAGCUCCCAGAGGAAAGAUUAAGGUGAAAUUCGACCAGAGGGUCACUGCCAAAUACGAUAUAAAAGCUCUAAUAGGGAAAGGAAGUUUCUCCAGAGUUGUUAGAGUGGAACAUCGGAUUACGAAACAACCGUAUGCUAUUAAAAUGUUAGAUAGAGUAAGGGGAAAAGAGGUUUUUGAAUCAGAGUUACAAGUCCUUAGAAGGGUUAGUCACCAAUAUAUAAUUCAACUAAUUGAGGUGUUUGAAAGUACUAGUAAAGUUUAUAUGGUAAUGGAAUUGGCUACUGGAGGAGAGCUUUUUGAUAGAAUAAUAGCAAAAGGUUCCUUUACUGAAACAGAUGCAACAAGAGUUCUAUAUAUGGUUUUGGACGGUGUUAAAUACUUGCAUAGUUUAGGUAUCACUCAUCGGGAUUUAAAACCGGAGAAUCUUUUAUAUUAUCACCCGGGUAGCGAUUCAAAGAUUUUAAUAACUGAUUUCGGAUUGAGUUCAACUAGAAAAAGCGCUGAUAGUCACAUGGAUACAACAUGCGGAACUUCAGAGUAUAUUGCACCUGAGGUUCUCGCUAAACAACCAUACACUUCUCAAGUGGAUAUGUGGGCUGUGGGCGUAAUCGGUUAUAUACUCCUCUCAGGGACUAUGCCGUUUGAUGACGACAACAAGUCACGGUUGUAUAAGACCAUCUUAAAAGGAAAAUAUUCAUAUAAGAGCGAGUAUUGGAAAGACGUCUCGGAAGAGGCUAAGGAUUUUAUAGAUAAUCUUCUACUCGUCGAUCCUAAUAUCCGGAUGACUGCUUCUCAAGCAUUAAAACAUUCGUGGAUCAUGUCCAAAGCGGCAACAGCUAGCAAUAAGAACUUGCAUCGUACAAUCAGUCAGAACCUCUUGAGAAGACAAUCGACGCGAAGUUCGUUAAAAUCUGCAACAUCUAGACAAUCGGCCAAAUCAUUAAGAUCUGAGCAUAGACACGUACUACCCGAAGAGAUAGACGCUCUUCACAGAGAUCCGCAAAUUCGAGCUGAAAUAAGAAGCUUGAGUAGCCGGACAAAUACUCCAGCAAAAUCACCUGCAUCCUCUUCGUCCUAGACGAAAUUGUUCCACUGCUAUUAGGGAAAAACUGUUACUUUGAUUAGUUUGUUUUAUUUUUUCGUUCAUUUAUUAAAUAUAAAUUUAUACAUAUUGCAUUCAUAAAUGUAUGUAUAUAUUUGUAUUAAAUAGUAUAUUUACUUAAUAAAUGUUAUAAUGUUGGAUACAAAAAAUACAUUGAUUAUUUAGACAAAUUCCUUGAUUGUUUAAAUGCAUGUUUCAUCUUUAUUAAAAAGGAGGAGAAGGAGGAGGAGGAGAGAAGAGGAAAACAUAUAUAUAUUGUAUAUAUUUUUGUAUAUUUAAAAUGAAAAAGAGAGAAAGAGUAGAAUUGUAUAGAAUAGUAGAAAAAAAAUGAUUUAUGAUUGACAAAUAAAAAGUAUCUGGGGGACGUUUUUUUUUCUUUUUUGAUCUGGAAAUGAAAUAGUCUGUUUUUUGUCAACUUGUAAUUAAUUUUCUAACACUGGUUUUCGUAUUCAUAAAGCGUUGCAAUGCUAACUUUUAUUUUUUGAAAUUAGAUACUAAAAUAGAUUCAGAUGUCUAUUUUAAUUAGUUACAUUUUUCCAAUCAGUCCAAUCUUUCUCCUUUAAUAUUUAUAUAUAUUUAGUAGGCUUGUAAUUAUUAACCUUUAUAUAAAAUAUCAAUACCGCUAUUAAAAUAGUUGUAUAACCUUGAGAAUAUAAAAUUACUACAAUGCCA